GUAACAUACUUUCUUAUACACUAAUAACCUGUACAUUUUUCGUAAUUAUUUCAUUGCUAUUGAAAUGGGCAACGCCGAAAAUGGAAAGUCAUUAUUUAUGAAAUACUGUUCAACCUGUCAUACGUUCGAUAAAGAUGGCAAACAUAAAAUAGGUCCUAAUCUUUUUGGGGUCGUAGGCAGAUCAUGUGCCACCAAGCCUGGAUUCUCGUAUACGGAACAUAUGAAAAAGAAAGCUUGUACAUGGGACGAAGAUACUUUGAACAUUUAUUUGGAGAAUCCGAAGAAAUUUGUACCAGGCACAAAAAUGGUAUUCGGUGGCAUAAAGAAAAGUGAAGAGCGAGCAGACGUAAUAGCAUUUUUAAAGACAUUAAAAUAAAGCAAGGACUUUCAAAGAACGUGGUUACUUACUGCAAUCGGAUAUUUGUAUAAAUAUGUAUCAUGAUUAUUUAUGACUUGAUAGUUACUUACUUGAAU